UUGAGGACAAUCUAUGUUUAGCAGCAGGUUUAUUAUUCUUUUCUUAUUACGUAUAAUACUUAGAAAAACAAAACAUACACACAUUCACUCCCACUGAAGAUGCAAGAUGAAGAAAGAUACAUGACAUUGAACGUACAGGCGAAUAAAAGAAAUUCCAACCAAACAUCUCAACUUAAAUUUAAAGGUUGUUCUGUGAUGUUGCACCGGUACAAAAUAUUAUUGGGAAUAUCUGGAACAGUAAAUGGUAUUCUGGUUUUGACUUUAAUCUCCCUGACUGUGUUGGUUUCUCAGGGAGUGUUGCUAAAAUGCCAGAAAGGAAAUAAUUCAAAUAUCACCCAGCAUGAUGAUAUUGGAAACCUGAACAUGAAUAGUGACACAAGAGGAAACAUAAGUAAUAAGGACGCAGGCCGCUGUGUUUCAAGAGCUGCAGACCAUACAGGAUUGUGCCCAUCAGAAUGGUUCAAAUAUCAAGAAAAGUGUUAUUGGUUCUCUAAUGAGAUGAAAAGUUGGAGUGAUAGCUAUGGGUAUUGUUUGGGAAGACGAUCUCAUCUACUAAUCAUUCAGGACCAACUUGAAAUGUCUUUUAUACAGAAAAACCUGAAACAAUCAAACUACGUGUGGAUUGGACUUAACUUUACCUCCCUGAGGAGGACAUGGACCUGGGUGGAUGGUUCUCCAUUGGAUUCAAAGAUAUUCUUCAUAAAAGGUCCAGCUAAAGAAAACAGUUGUGCUGCCGUCAAGGAAAACAAAAUUUACUCUGAAACCUGCAGCAGUGUUUUCAAAUGGAUUUGCCAAUAUUAGAAUUAAAAAAAAAUGAUAAUGGAAUAAUCAAUGAUCAAAUUUUUUGCCUAUUAGAUUCUAAUAUUAUUCUUUAGGAGUAAGAAUUUAAAAUGGCAAUUAAACACCAAAAUCUCUUCUUUAUUUUCCCUCCAGCAUGUACAUUGGUCCUAGACUCAGAGUAACCCAUGUUAACCAUGUAAAAUAUGCUUUUCCAAUUUUUUAUGUGAUAAUAUAAUCCUGUGUGAGCCCAUGCAUUUAUAUUCAGGAUUUUCAUUCAUUUCUUAAUUUUACAGCAAAUGUGAUCAAAUUAUGUCUGCUUUUCUGUAUUUUGCUUUUUUUAAUUGUUUUACUUUUUAUUACUAUUUUUUUUAUUUUUUAUUUUUUUUGUGAGGAAGACCAGCCCUGAGCUAACAUCUGCCAAUCCUCCUCUUUUUGCUGAGGAAGACUGACCCUGGGCUAACAUCCAUGCCCAUCAUCCUCCACUUUAUAUGGGAUGCUGCCACAGCAUGGCUCGCCAAGCAGUGCAUCGGUGUGUGCCCGGGAUCCGAAGCAGCGAACCCCGGGCCGCCACAGCGGAGCGCGCGCACCCAACCACUUACGCCACCGGGUCAGCCCCUGUAUUUUGCUUUUUUCAUUCUUAACAAUAUUCUAUGCAAAUUUCAAACAGUUCUGAGUUGCAUUAUAGUGUGGAUUUAUAAAUUUUUUACUCUUUUAUUGAUGAGCAUUAACUUUGUUUCCAGGUUUUUGCUAUUAUAAACUAUGCUGCAAUAAAUAUUCUGAAUAUUUUUCUUAAA